CCCCCUGGCGACGCAGGCGUCCCUAACGACGGCGCCCGGAGCUGCAGAAGCCGGCUGCCCACAAUCCACCAGGGGUUUCCCCCUCGGCCCUCGCCCACAUUGGCCAUCGCUGCUGUGGCUCAGCGUCGCUGAACGGCCGGUCUUAGUUGAGAAUUGAGGGGCAGGUGCAACCUCACUGGGCCAUAGACCAACGUGCUGGAGAGCUAUAACCAGUGAAUGCGCAGGCAGAUUAAGACCUACCUGGAAGGGGGAAGGAGUCAUCCAUGUGCUGUGUGCGGCCUUCCCGGAUCAAGCCAUCACUUUCUGUUCCUGGUCUCCGGUUUCCACACCGAAUUGGAUAAGAAGGUCCCCAUUGACAUCCAGGAUCCAGAGGUCUGAGAGGCCACCCAGGAGCUAACUGCCACCAUGUUGCAAGUCCCCAGCAUGCAGGACUCCGGUCCCAACCGGUCCUCAGUCUCUGCCCAAGAGCGGCCCUCCUCUGUGAGCCAAACUCCACCACCGACUUCUCAGGCCACAAAGCCUUCAUCCAUGACCCUGCCUGCCAAGUCUAAAACCUCCAGUUUCCGUCGCAUGCGCCGGAUCAUUGCUGAGGACCCUGAGUGGUCGCUGGCUAUCGUGCCCCUCCUCACAGAGCUCUGCAUUCAGCACAUCGUCCAGAACUUUCACAACAACCCCAUCCUGAAGCAGCUGCUCCCAGAGCACCAGCAGAAGGUCCUGAACCACCUGGCGCCCGACCUGCCACUGACCGUGACCGCCAACCUCAUCGACCACGAGAGCUACUGGCAGCGCUGCUGCAUGCAACGAUGGCCAGUGUGCCAUGUGGCCGAGCACGGCGGUAGCUGGAAGCGCAUGUUCUUUGAGCGGCACCUGGAGAACCUGCUCAGGCACUUCAUUCCGGGCACCACAGACCCGGCUGUGAUCCUCGACCUGCUGCCGCUCUGCAGGAACUACGUGCGCAGGAUCCGAGUGGACCAGUUCCUUCCCCCAGUGAGACUCCCACCCCCGCCCCACGCUGGGGACCAUUCGGACUCGGGCAGUGAGGGAGAGCUAGAAGAGCCCAUCAUGGACCACUACCAGCUGGGAAACCUGGUGGCUGGCCUGAGCCACUUGGAAGAGUUGGACCUGGUGUAUGGAGUCAAAGACUGUGGCAUGAACUUCGAGUGGAACCUCUUCCUCUUCACCUACCAUGACUGCCACUCCUUGGCAGCCACCAUCAAGGCGUGCCACACCCUCAAGGUCUUCAGGCUAACCCGCAGCAAAGUGGACGAUGACAAGGCACGCAUCCUGAUUCGAAGCCUACUGGAUCACCCAGCCCUUGAGGAGCUAGACCUGUCCCACAACCUCAUUGGGGACCGUGGUGCCCGCGGGGCCGCCAAGCUACUGCUGCACAGCCGCCUGCGUGUGCUCAACCUGGCCAAUAAUCAGAUCCGUGGGCCUGGUGCCCAGUCACUGGCUCAUGCCCUGGCACACAACACUAACCUCAUCUCCCUCAACCUGCGCCUCAACUGCAUCGAGGACGAGGGUGGCCAGGCGAUUGCCCAUGCCCUGCAGACCAACAGGUGCCUCACAACACUACAUCUCGGGGGCAAUGAGCUGUCUGAGCCCACGGCCACGAUCCUGUCCCAGGUGUUCACUGUCAAUACCACACUCACCAGCAUCAAUCUGUCCUGCAACCACAUUGGACAGGAUGGCGGCAAGCAGCUCCUGGAAGGCAUCUUGGACAACAAGACCCUCCUGGAGUUCGACCUGCGCCUGUCAGAUAUAGCCCAGGAGAGCGAGUACCUCAUUGGCCAGGCCCUCUGUGCCAACCGAGAAGCUGCCCGCCAGCACAGCUUGAAUUCCAACCACCUCAUGUCCUCCGUUACUGCCAAGAGCCUGCACAACUCCAUAGGAUAAGACCCCAGACAUGACUCACUGCCCUCCACUUCCAUGUCUGCUGUAUUGUCACUCUGCUCAGGGAGUUGGGGCAGAAAGCUCCUGGGAAGGGGAGUGUUCAAUUGUGCGUGGAGGCAGGGAAGAGAGGGCCUAGGAUGAGAUCUAAAGCCAGAAACAUAGUCAGUCCCUGUCCCUGGAGGGAAUGUGCAGCUGGGCCUCCUCCCUCAGGUGGCCAGUCGCUUCCGGGAAUGGGAAAGGCUGCAUGACAAGAUACACCUGCUCAGACUCCCAAGGGGACCAUCCACACUUGGAUUUAAGACAGACCUGGACCUUGCCCUCGCCCACCAACACACACCCCUCUGGGUACAGUAGAGCCCCCUGCCAGUUCCACCUCCCUGUCCCCUGAUCCUGUGCUAAGUGAUCCAGUUCCACAGGUCACACUAUUAUCACAGUCCCCAGUCUGGGAAGGGGACAACAGAGGGAUCGGGGGAGGGCU